AUUCAGUACCAAAAAGACAUUGAAAAGGUAAAGGAAAAUAUUGUCAAAGCACAACAUCAGAUGAUCGAACAGGCAAAUAAGCACAAAAGACCUUCUCAGUUUGCUGUAGGUGAUCUGGUGUGGGUUAAGUCUAAAGAGUUUGUUCCUGAGGAGAACAUCUCUCAGAAGUUACUACCCGCCUACAGAGGACCUUGGCAAGUUCUUGAUGUGAUUGGAGAUGUGGAUGGACCUUCUUAUGUCAUUGAGAUUCCUCUACGUUUGCAUAUGUAUCCGGUAUUCCACGCCUCAAGGCUCUUACCUUGCGUAACAAAUGAGUUGUUUCCCAGUCGCAGAUCGGCGAUACCUCGUAGUAUGGAUGGGAAAUACGAUGUGGAUAAGAUUGUUGUUGAAAGUACCUUUCAGACUGGACGUAGAGGCAGACCACAACGACAGUAUAAGGAGGAGGAGAAGGGGAAGAAAGGAGGAGGAGGAGGAGGAGGAGGAGGAGGAGAAGAAGAAAGGAGGAGGAGGAGGAGGGGGAGGAGGAGGAAGGAGGAGGAGGAGGGGGAGAAGAAAGGAGGAGGAGAGGAGGAAAGGAGGAGGAGGAGGAGGAGGGGAGGAAAGGAGGAGGAGGAGGAUGAGAGGAGAAGAAGAAUAGGAAAGGAGGAGGAGAAGGAGGAGAGGAAGAAGAAGAGGAAGGAAAGAGGUGGAGGAGGCUGCAAGACGAUGGCAACAGCAGCUUCACAGGCAGCAAUGACGAGGAGGGCUUCUCGACGUGGCAGCUCGAUGGAGACAACGAUGGGCAGGUCGAUGAAGACAGGCGGGCUUCACGACCGCAGCGACGACGGGCGGGCUAGCGACGAUGGGCGGCUUCGCGACGGCAGCGACGACGGGCUUCGCAACAGGGAAUACCGCAUUAUGGAAAACACCAGUUCUGUGUCUUUGAGUGGGUUGUGCAUUGUGUUCUCCAGAGUAACGCGGCAACAUCCUGUUGGCAUCGUUAUUGGCAAGAAUUCGUCCAAAAUUGUCUUGAGCAGAUUGGUUGUUGAAGGCAUGUAUGAGCGGGCAGUCGAUAGCACGAACGACGAAGCGCAUGCUGCAACCACUGCCACGACGGGUGCUGACGACAAAGCAGGUCGGGAGGGAGAGAUGGAAGAAGAUGGAGCUGGGACAAUGAGCAGCCAUAGGGGCAAUACUACUAAUGAUGAUCAGUCCACCACUGAUGUGCAGUCUAUCGACGGAGUCCGCGCUCCUGCAAGUGGAGGCAUACAGUUUAAUGAGGGUGCCAAAGGAUGUGUUCGGGGUUGUAUGGUUAUCAAGCACGAUCUCUUCGGAAUUACAGUCUGUGAAAAAGCGUCAGUCAAGAUCAAACAUUGUGUGUCGUCCAACAAUGGAGGUCCAGGAAUUGCUAUCUUCGGAUCUGGUCGCUGCGAAAUUGAGGGAAGCAGAUGUGAGAGCAACAAGGGGCAUGGUGUCGUCAUGCACUGUAAGCCCAGCCGUGUAGCUCGAAAUGUCAUUUGUGGAAACGGCGGCCAUGGAAUCUUCCUGAGCACCGAGCACGUGUUUGGACCUCAUCAGCGCUUCUUGAGUGGGAAGAAGGAUAAAAUGGCAUCCACUGGGGUUGGAAAACAACACAACACCGUCCGAUCGUCCGUUGAAGGAGUGACGCGUGAGGCAGGUGGGAACCGUGAAGGGCAUUUGGCGACCUCAGUGUCACUAGACAAGUGUAAGGACAUGUCGUCGGGGCAUCCCAUUUCCAUGCCCAUUAGCGUAGUCGGUGGUGAUGAGCACAUGAGGACGAAAACUUCUGAAACGGCGCUGACUGCCGGUCGUGAUGAGGGUGCAGUGGUGAGGACCUCUGCGGAACUUUUGGACCUUGAAUUCAUUCCCUCAUGGCCAGAGCACUCUCAAGCUUAUGAAGAAUCAUAUCCCGAAAUUGAAGUUGAGGAGUGUGCAGUUACGAAGACCCCUGACGAAAAGAGGGCCGCUCCCGUGCAUCAGGUCUCGGAUAGACCCGUGAAGAGGAUGACAAUCAGCAUCUGGAAAGGCGGGGGAGAAGAAUCAGAGGCUCGGGUGCGUCGAGAGGUUGUUGAGGCUGGUGAUGGUGAAAAGGGGAAGAGACCCAUAUCGGUCUGGGAGGACCUAGGAGGGGAAGGGUCUGACAAAGAGGGGGGUAACGACGAGGAUACCCAGGUCGUGUCAGGGGGGGAGAAGCGCGUUGGGCAAGAUUUAGGCAAGACGCAAGGUGGCGGGACGGCUCUCGUGGAACUGUCUCUCGAUGAGGAUGUCGAAAAACAAUGCACCGACUCUCUUAGUCCCUCUGUUGAAGAGGUAGUUCGAAUUGUCAAUGCUGAUGAUGAGGACUUGUCCAAGUUUCCAACCCGUCUGGACCACGUUGUUGCAUCGGGGAAGAUCAAAGGAGAAGGGGUACUACCGGGUCUGAAAGCCAGCUGCGUACAGGAGGAGAAGCCACGAGUUGAAGAUGACAACGAGGACGAUGCUGCUGGACACGCUCGAGAAGAAGUUGUGGUCGGUAAGCAAUGACGUGCAUUGCUUAACUUUGGGUCUCUCUAGUGCUGAACAUCUGAAGUGUUCUUUCGCAUGUAGAUAUCGGUUAGGGAUAUGUGGAACAUGAG